UUUUUGUGUCUGAAGAACAUUCGAACAUUCCUGACGGCAUGCCAGCACACAUUCGGGAUGCGAUCGCACGAACUCUUCGACUCUUUCAUGUUGUUCGACAUGACAGACUUCGGCAAGGUGUUGCAGGCUCUGUCCAAGUUAUCUCGAUCACAUAAGGCUUUAGCAACAGGAAUACCGGGUUUUCCACAGGACCAUCCUGAUGAGAGACACUACUACAAUGAGGAGAUCUACAGUCACCUGGAGGAGCUUGCUACCUCCAAUGACCUGAUGGAUGAGGACCCGUACAGGGAAGUGAGGGAGGAUGAGCUGGGAAGGGAAGAUAUAUAUGAAGACCUGUGUGCGUACAGGAGUCGCAAAGAACUCGAGCAGCCUCUUUUAGAAAAGAAACCGGCUGACAAGCGGGAAUAUUGCAUCCGAGAACUCGUGGAGACUGAAAAGAAUUACGUCGAUGCUCUCAACAUGAUCGUUUCACAUUUUGCGCGCCCUCUUAAGCCGAUCAUACCUGAGGAAGACUUCAGACUUGUCUUUAAACACAUGGAAGAUCUGUGCAUGAUACACACAGGAUUCCAUAGUGAGCUCCACAGGGCGUACGUAACCGGCGUGCCGACGUUCGCGGAGUGCUUUUUGAAGUGGCGAGACAAGUUUCUUCUGUACGGAGACUUCUGCUCCAACCUUCCACACGCACAGGACCUCAUCGAUGAGCUGUGCAACAGUCGUGAGCUCGUCAAGCAGACCGUCAUCAACUGUCAAGAGAAGGCCAACGAAGGGAAGUUUCGGCUGCGCGACCUACUGUCUGUGCCCAUGCAACGUGUGCUCAAAUAUCAUCUGCUACUGAAGGAACUUAUCAAACAGACGUCAGACGAUAGUGAAGAGAAACCAGAGCUACAGAGAGCACUAGAUGCGUUGUUAGAUCUCUCUCUGUACAUCAACGAAGUCAAGAGAGACAACGAGACACUGGAGAUCAUUCGGGAGAUCCAGAACAAUAUCACAGAUCUAGUCAUGCCUGAGGGCACAGAGCUGAAGGAUUACGGCCACUUCCUGAAGGACGGGGAGCUUCGUAUCAAGUCACAUGCAGAUAAUCGCAUAAAGAACAGAUAUGUAUUUCUGUUUGACAAAGUCAUGCUCAUGUGCAAGCCGAGUAGGGUAAGUUUCAUGGGUCAGUUUUACAGCUAUAAAGAAGCAAUCAUCCUUUCUAACUACAGUAUUCAAGAACAGACAGUAUCAAGCUUUAAAAAAGACAAGUGGAGCCACUGCUGGGUGAUGUAUGAGAAACAGAGGACGAUGGCCUUCCACAUGUAUGCCAAAACAGAGGAGGUGAAGCGGAAGUGGAUUGACGCCAUACAUAUGGCACAGGAUAACACUCAGCCCGACGAUCUGAAGAACACGAGCCACCGUUUCCAACUCCAUUCAUUCGAAGUGCCUACCACGUGUACGGUUUGCAACAAGCUACUACGUGGCACAUUUUGCCAAGGCUACAAGUGCAUGAGCCCCAUCUGCAAUGCGGCAGUGCACAAGGAGUGCAUUCUCGGAAGCAAAUGUGGCAAACGAUCACACUCGAACAAUUCGUUAGCGCCAACGGUGGAACCAAGAGCACACCUAGGUAAAUACAAGAUUACGCAGCCAUAUCAGUCAACAAUACCAGGACACAUAUCAUUAAAUGAAGGAGACGUUGUGCUGCUGUUGAGUUCUAACGAACCAGAGCCACUGUGGCAGGGCCACUGCUUAAGGACGGGCCUCCAAGGCCUUUUCCCUCGCACUCACGCCGUCAAGGUGGUACCAGCUGAUCGUAUCAAACCUCAAGCUGGUUACCUACAGGCGGAGCCACUGAACCUUGCCGGCGCAGCCAACAAUCUUGACUCCAGCCACAAUUACUAUAACCUGGAUCUUGAACAUCAGCCUUGGUAUGUUGGCGAGAUGGACAAGGAUGCUGCGCAGCGGAGGCUGGAGCUGAUGCCAGAUGAGACUUUUCUCGUUCGAAAGAAUGUCACUGACCGUGGUUUCAGAAUCGCCAUCAAAUAUGAAGGCUCAGUCAAGCAUAUCAAGGUAGUAUAUAAGAAGACGCCGAAAGAGACAUGGUAUCUCGCUGAAUCGAGAAGCUUCUCCUCUUUACUGGACCUCGUCAACUGGUACACGAACAACAGUUUGGCGGAAAACUUCGAGAAUCUCACGACAACUCUUGCAAUGCCAUUCAGAACAGCAAUGAAACGGGCUUCGGGGAGAGGGGGUGUGGCGAUAGGGUACUGUGUGGCAAGGUAUGGUUAUUCAGCAACUGCAACCAAUCAGUUGUCAUUCAGACGAGGGGAUCGCAUUGCAAUCACUGACAAAUCUGGCGAAAACAAGGGAUGGUGGAAGGGAGAACUUGCGGGCAAGAUUGCUUACUUCCCAAUGACGUAUGUCGAAGAGGAGUGAUAUUGACUGUCGACGUUCUUGCAUGCAUUUCUUGGCUCCCAUCUUAAAGGAGGAAUGUGUCUAUCCAACACCACACUCGAAUAGUUGACGCCCUGUAUUCUUUAUAAGUAUGUUUCGAUUAGUUCGUCCAAUUUCACUGCUGCUUACUAAUAAUAUGACAAAUUAUCUGCAUUUAUCAGCAGUUAUUGACAAUUUGAGUCGUAACGGCUACCGAAGCGAGAGCAACAGAUGUUUCUGCAAUGUGCAUUAUUACGUCCAUAAUGGACCAUAUGCAUUCUCAGCAUGUGACUUGCGUUAGAAAAUAUGAGACUUGCGUUUCACAAAUUUUUUGGCUAAACUCUUAUUAUUGCCAAGUGGCCGUGUAUUAACUUGAACCAAAUGUUUGGUUAGGCUGUCAAUAAACAAUUAUGAUGUCUGGUUUGUAAGGUAACGUGCAGAGGAAUUGGACAAAAUUAUAUGAAUCAGAUGGUGAGGUUAUAAUAAUAUACGUCGUGUGUCAGUUAUUCUAGCAUUUGCCAACAGUUGGGUGCGGAUUAGGUAGUCAUAUUAACCGCCUUUAAACCUGCCAGGUAGCUAGAAAUGUAUGUAUUGUGUACACAGGAAACCAGUGCUGAUAGGGGUCGUCGUCAUUUCUAUUGCCUGCCUGUUUUCAAUUGUUGCCUACUAAUUUAUGGACAUAUGGAUCUUUGAGUUGUUUUAAUAUUGUACUUGUUAACUUAACUUGUUAUGAAAUUUAGGUGCUGAGCACAACUCAUUUUAUCUUUGAACAGAUGCAGGGUAUUAUUAACAGCUGUGUUGGUGUGCUAGGCAGAGUCUGAAAAAGCAUUUGACAUUGCUUUAUUGCUGUACUUCUAUGCCUUUCUAAUUAUCGAUUUUAUUACGUGGGACUAAAUAACCUCUAAAAUAGAGGUAAUGAACCCUAAGAUACAAGUAUAGAAUAUUGAAUGUUAUUUUAGAAGAAAAUGUCUGAUCAUGUUUUCUACAUUUUUAAUACGAUUUUAGCUAGUUAUUUGAAAUUUAGUAUACAAUAAACAUACGAAAGGCUAUCAUGUAAAUAGUAGAGUGUUAUUGAAGUAGUUAUGAGUAUUGAUAUGGAAUCGUAGUUGGGAAGUUCUAGCAGUAAACGACUAGUGUUUGUACAGUGAGUAAAGCUACCGUAUGGUUUAGUCAUCUAAGUGGGUGCAACUUCUUGUUUUACCGCAUGGCAGCAAUAUCUGUUGUUUUUAUUUAGUCCAUAAGACUUUGACAUCCGUAUGCGAUUAUAUCUCAAUAAAACGACUGCAUUACCUGUUA